AUGUCCGCUCCGCCCGCAGCUCCUCCGAAAAUCUCUGCCGCCGCACAGUCUAAGACGGCCCUUCGCCUCCUCCGCGCCGCCGCCCAGAAGCCACGGGUCCGGGACCGCCGCGACCACUCCUACCGCAUCAAAACCGGCGACGGCCAGCUCCGGAUCUACCCACUGCUCGUCUACCAGGCCGGCACGGGCAGGAUAGGAUUCGUGGCCGGUCUCAAGAUCACCACCAUCUUCGUGGCCGCCGUCUUCGCUCUCGUCUGGGAGCCCGCUAUGCUGCGCACCACCUGCGCCCUCAUCCCCUUCGCCUACGUAGCCUACUUCUCCGGCCCCUUCGUCACCCACGUCUUCCUCCGCCUGCCCCCCGCCGCCCGCUCCUCCCGCGCCCUCCUCGAGCGCUACGUCCGCGCCCUCCCGGCCACCGCCCAGCUCGAGGUCGGCACGCUGGGCCUCGCCGGCCGCCCGCGCGCCACCCUCGUCAGCGCAGCCGACCUCCGCCCCGUCCCCGCGGACGCCGGCUUCCGCGAGACCCGCGCGCGCCUCGUCACCCACACCCGCGACGUCGCGGGCCUCAUGGCGCGCAAGAAGUGGUACCACUACCGCCCCGUCAGCCUGUUCGGGUUGCCCGCGAAGGAGGCCGGGAGAGCCAGCAAGUCGUCGGGCUACAGGAACGCCGCCAAGGACGCGUGGGUGUACGACAUCAUCCGCCCGAUGUUGGGUAAGCGCAGGUGA